AUGGGGAUGGGGGUGCUUACCUUAGCUAGGAGCCGUGGAGGGGAAGGAGCACAGCAGGGUGAGACCAUAGCGGCUCAGGUCGACGACGGCGCGUCGAUGCCGCCGUGGAUCUGGGCGCUGUCUCACCUCUCGCGCUCCGGGGGCGGGCGGUGGUUCCCCUUCUCGCCCCUGCACACGAGCAUGCGGUGCGGCAGCGGCCGCUGGGCAAAGAAGACGACGGCGGCGUGGGGUUGGACCUGGACGGCGGCGGGGCUGGGAGGCGGGCGCGGUGCAGGGUUUGGAGGGGGAGAGAGAGAGGUGAGGGCGCGGCGCGCGUACGGGAGGAGGAGAAGGAGGACCGGCGGGGGAUGCGGCGCAGCAAGGACCGUCCAUGGCCGCCGCGGCGGGCAGGGCGGGACGGCGGGGCCGCGGUCAUCGGCCACGGCCACGGCGAGCGGGACGGGCGGGGCGGGGCGGGGCGGUGGGGCGGGCGAGACGGCGGGGCGGCGGGACGGGCGAGACGGCAGGGCGGGACUGCGGGGCCGCGGUCAUCGGCCACGGCCACGGCGAGCGGGACGGGCGGGGCGGAGCGGGGAGGUGGGGUGGGCGAGACGGCGGGGCGGCGGGACAGGCGAGACGGCAGGGCAGGGCGAGCGAGGCGGCGGGGCGAGCGGCUAG